AGGCGAUAAUGGCGGGCUUCUACAGCGUUUUCCCUUCCAAGUAGCUGCAUCAUUUGCGACUUGGAACACGUUUGGCAUAGUGCGUCCAUGCUCGCUGUUGUAUCGGACUGGUUCGCCCCGUUGGGUCUCAUUUUCGGGGGAUGUUGCAGUAAUGCUCUGACGCUAGAACAACUUACCUCUCUGUAUCCCGACUCUGGACAUAUCAUCACGUUCGCCCAGUACCUCCUCGUCUCCCUUCGUGGCCUCCCAAACCUGGUCUCGGUUACGUAUCCCAGCAAAGACACAGGGCUACUUCAUUAUGUCCCCAUACCGCACCUCAAACGACCACGUAUACCCCUCAGAGCAUACAUCAUACAAGUCGUUCUAUUUCUCUUCGUAUCCAUCCUGAAUAAUAUGGCGUUCGCCUAUAAGAUCCCUAUGCCAGUACAUAUAAUAUUCCGCAGUGGCGGUUUGGUCGUCAGCAUGUGCCUAGGCUGGUUAGUGAUGGGCAGAAAGUACACCCUUACACAAGUACUAUCCGUGCUCCUAGUAACAGCCGGCGUAAUCAUCACAACCUACUCCGCCUCGCAAACGAAGAACCCCUCCAAGUCCGGUUCCACCCUCAACACCACCACCGCCUCCACAGACACCCUCACGUACUUCACCGGCAUCGCCAUCCUCGCCCUCGCCCUGCUCUGUUCCGGCUUCCUCGGCCUCGCGCAGGACAGGAUGUACUCCAAGUACACGCGCCCCUCGGCGCCCGAGAAGACGGAGAGAAAGGCGGACGAGAAGCCGCAGUGGCAGGAGUCGAUGUUCUACCUGCACUUCCUCGCCAUGCCGAUGUUCUGGUUCGUCAGGGAGGACCUCGGCGCGCAGCUCGCGAGCGUCGCGUCCGGCCCUCGGAUCCAGGUGAACCUCGAUCCCACAGCUUCGAACCUUCUCGUGCUGCCGCCUCCUCUGUCCAAUACCACCGCCCCGGGAUCCCCAUCGCCCGCAUCACCCACGUCCCUCUCCGUCCCAGUGGGCCUCCUCUCACUGGUGCUGACCACCAUCACCUCCCUCGUCUGCAUAUCCGGCGUGCACCGCCUCACCGCCCGCGUUUCCUCGCUCACCGUCACGCUCGUGCUCACCGUGCGUAAAGCCGUGUCGCUGAUGAUCAGCGUGUUGUUCUUCAAGGCUGGGAAGGGCCAGGCGGAUAUGACGAUGAUGUGGCUGGGCGCGGCGCUCGUGGGCGUCGGGACGGUGGGAUAUACUAUUGGAGGUUCGACUGGCAAGAAGAUAGAGAAGGAGAAGAAAACACAGUAG